UAUAUGUCUCAGAUUCGCUCUGGGUUGGAAUUAAUACAAGCGUUGAGUCCGUGCAUUUCAGAGUCAGAGGCUGUGUGGGAGACAAAGUGAGAAAAGGAGGCAAAUCGUGGAAGGAACAGGAUCUGACCCCAUCUUAAGAGAUAUUUGAACAAGGCGUUCUUCAGCAACCUAAAGCUUAUGAAUUGUGACUCAGAAAACUGGGUGGAAUAUUUUUCUUUGCGUCAAAGUUGCUGACAUAUCAAAUUCUGGGGCUGUGAGUGUAUUGUAGCAAAUGUCCUUCCGCAGUAUAGUUCGUGAUGUAAGGGAUGGGUUUGGGAGCUUAUCAAGGCGGAGUUUUGAGGUGAGGCUUCCGGGCCAUCAUAGGAGGUCACAAAGCUCAGUACACGAGUUGCAGGUUGAAGCUCCAGUUAUACAGAACAGCCGGUGGGCUAGCCUUCCACCAGAGCUUCUUCGUGAUGUUAUCAAAAGAUUGGAAGCAAGUGAGAGUACAUGGCCUGGUCGUAAAAACGUAGUUACUUGUGCUGCUGUGUGCAAGUCCUGGAGAGAAAUGUGCAAAGAAAUUGUGAGCAGUCCAGAGUUCUCUGGGAAGAUUACUUUCCCUAUUUCCCUAAAACAGCCCGGAUUCAGGGAUGGAACCAUCCAGUGUCUCAUCAAGAGGGACAAAUCUAAUUUGACAUACCAACUUUCUCUCUGCCUUAGUCCUGCAUUGCUCGUUGACAAUGGGAAGUUUCUUUUAUCAGCGAAAAGAACUAGGAGAACUACGUGCACAGAGUAUAUUAUAUCAAUGGAUGCACAUGACAUGUCAAGAUCUAGUAGUAGGUACAUUGGAAAACUGAGGUCAAAUUUUCUUGGCACCAAAUUUAUAAUUUAUGAUACUCAGCCUCCCUACAAUAAUUCUCAGCUGUCUCCCCCUGGCCGAAGCCGUAGGUUUUAUUCAAAGAAGGUUUCUCCGAAAGUCCCAAGUGGCAGCUACAAUAUUGCCCAAAUCACUUAUGAGCUUAAUGUGCUAGGUACUAGGGGACCUCGACGGAUGCACUGUACCAUGUAUACUAUCCCCACAUCAUCUCUCCAGCCUGGUGGCAUUGUCCCGGGCCAGCCUGAGCUUCUUCCCCGCUCCCUCGAGGAUUCAUUCAGAAGUAUAUCCUUCUCAAAAUCGAUUGACAAUUCAACUGAGUUUAACAGCUCGAGGUUCUCAGACAUAAUGGGUCCCGGAAACGAAGAGGAGGAAGUUAAGGAGAGACCGUUAGUUCUUAAGAACAAGGCACCAAGGUGGCAUGAGCAGCUGCAGUGUUGGUGCCUAAACUUCCGGGGGAGGGUGACCGUUGCAUCUGUCAAAAAUUUUCAGCUGAUUGCGGCAACUACACCACCCGCAGCCGGUGCCCCAACACCAGCACAGCCAGCGCAGCCAUUGCAGUCUGAUCAUGACAAGAUUAUUCUUCAGUUCGGCAAGGUUGGGAAGGACAUGUUCACAAUGGAUUACCGAUAUCCCCUAUCAGCGUUUCAGGCUUUUGCCAUUUGCCUGACCAGCUUCGACACAAAACUGGCUUGUGAAUAGUGACAUUAGAGAGAUAUGGUAAGAAACAAAGAAGGGAAAGAAAAAAAAAAAAACAAAAGAAUUCAAUCUUUACAUUUAGGCAUUUAUAGGAUGAAAUCGUAUGCAGCUGUUGUACACCCAAUAGUUUAAUAACUGUAAAGUACAGGUCACUCUGUGCUCUUCCUUUUUCUUUUGGUCUCCUUUUUGAUUUAGUAUGCACUGCCUUUGUCGAACUGUGUUGUUAUCCUCGUAUGGUCCAUGGGGAUGAAGGUGUAGACUCUGUAUGUUCGGAUGUAAAGAAAAUUUAGUUGCAAAUUUA